UCUUGCCGAACACGCAAGCAACCCUUUUACCUUUGGGACGAGUUGGUGUGAAGUCGUCCAUUGUAUUUCUAGUCUGAAUUUUUCAUUAAUUUAAUUACUUCUAAGCAUCAUAACGGCAAAAAUAUGAAUCGUGGUCGAUCAUUUAAUCGUGGAAAUGAUUUCAGAGGUCGUAAUAGUUUUAGAGGACGUGGUGGACAAAGAGGUGGAAACAGCUUUAAAGGGAAAAUGCCUGGUGAAGGUCUAAAGAAAGCUAGGUAUGAUAUGGAGACUAUGGAAGCUGUUCAAAAGAAUUUUUAUUCUGAACAUCCAAAUAUUACCAAUCUCAGUGAAAAUGAUGUUGAAGAUUACAGAAAUUCUUUAGAAAUAACAGUUCGAGGAAGAGAGGUCCCAAGGCCAAUAUGUGAUUUCUAUGAAGGGAAUUUUCCUGAAUACAUCUCUAGAGCCCUCAUGGAGCAAAAAUUUGAAAAGCCUACUUCUAUUCAGGCUCAAGUGUGGCCAAUUGCAUUAAGUGGAAGAGACUUGGUUGGUAUUGCACAAACUGGAUCUGGGAAAACCUUAGCUUAUGUCUUGCCGGCGAUCGUUCAUAUUUAUAAUCAACCUCGUGUAGAAAGAGGCGAUGGAUCCAUUGUACUAAUAUUGGCACCCACAAGAGAACUUGCACAGCAAAUUCAAGCUGUCUGUUAUGAUUUUGGAAAAUCUAUGAAUAUCCGAAACUGUUGUGUUUUUGGAGGUGCGCCCAAAGGACCCCAACUGAGAGAUGUAGAAAGAGGUGCACAUAUAUGCAUUGCUACUCCUGGACGACUGAUUGAUUUCAUAGAGUGUGGGAAACUUAACCUACGGAAUUGUACCUUUUUGGUUCUUGAUGAAGCUGACAGAAUGCUAGAUAUGGGAUUUGAACCUCAGAUUCGAAAAAUAAUAGAGCAGAUCAGGCCGGAUCGCCAGACUCUCAUGUUUAGUGCGACAUGGCCAAGAGAAGUUCAGAAAUUAGCUGAAGAUUUUCUUAUUGAUUAUAUCCAAGUGAAUGUUGGAGCACUCCAACUGUCAGCUAAUCACAAUAUUAUGCAGAUUGUUGAUGUUGUUGAUGAAACUGAAAAAGAUGAUAAGUUGAAUAAACUUAUUCAGGAAAUUAUGACCGAAAAAGAGAAUAAGACAAUAGUGUUUGCUGAAACCAAAAAAAGAGUUGAUGAAUUAACCCGUUAUAUGAGGAGGCAAGGAUUUCCUGCAAUGUGUAUUCAUGGAAAUAAAUCUCAGCAAGAAAGAGAUUGGGUGUUGAGUGAGUUUCGAAAUGGAAAAUCUCCGAUUUUAGUUGCAACUGAUGUGGCUGCUAGAGGUUUAGAGGCACAUGGAAAAAUUUAGUGCCUCUGUUAUGCA